AAAAAGACAAACAAAUUCAGCAAGUUACAUUCUAUCACUUUAAACAUUUCAUAAUUUCCAAAAAGCCAUGAAGCCCAGUAGUAAAAGAAAGAUCAAGAAAAAAAUAACAAAACACAUCAUUCAUCUAAUCAUAUUCAAAGAGGAGCAUUUAAGUUCUCCACAUAAUACAAAUCAAUAUCUACUAACAAAACACAUGAACUAAGAAAUUUGCCAAGAUGUUGAACCUAAAGAACCUGGCAGUAUGUUAUCCUUCUUAUUAAAUGAAUAAAGGCCACAAGCGAGAGAUCCUCUAUUUUAACUUUAAGACUAAGAAAGACUAGUUAAAGACUGCACUGAUAUGCUAAAAAAUUAACCCUGAACAUACUCAAUCACUAUUGUUUAAUGUUAUUAUUUAUUCCUUAUAUUUAGUUUUUUUAUAUAAUUUUAUUAAUGAUGGCUUCUCUAUAAAUUAAACUAAGUAAAUUAUGGUCUUUUGA